GCCCUCCCCGCACGGCACGCCGGGCCAACAUGGCCGCUUCCCGACCCGCCGGGCUCCAGGCGCUGGGUUGACAGUCAGCCGCCCGCCUUGGGGCCGGCGUGCCGCCCGCCAUGGAGGAGAGCUCCAGCUGCGAGAGCCUCAGCGCCGGGCGGGCGGCGGCGGCGCGGCCGCCCAGCGGCGAUUCCCUCUCCAGUGCUUCCACUUCUCACUCAGACCAUUCUACUCACACCAAAUCUGCUUCUGCUAUAUCAUCUGACUCAGUCUCCACCUCAGCAGACAACUUCUCUCCAGAUUUAAGGGUCCUGAGAGAGACUAAUAAAUUGGCUGAAAUGGAAGAGCCACCUUUGCUACCAGGAGAAACCAUUAAAGACAUGGCUAAAGAUGUUACUUACAUCUGCCCCUUCACUGGAGCAAUCAGAGGAACCCUCACUGUUACCAAUUAUAGGCUGUAUUUUAAAAGCAUGGAACGGGACCCUCCUUUUGUCCUAGAUGCAUCUUUAGGUGUAAUCAACAGAGUGGAGAAAAUUGGAGGUGCUUCCAGUCGUGGCGAGAAUUCAUAUGGGCUGGAGAUUGUGUGCAAGGAUAUUCGAAACUUGCGAUUUGCUCAUAAGCCUGAAGGGAGAACCAGGAGAUCUAUAUUUGAGAACCUAAUGAAAUAUGCUUUCCCAGUUUCAAAUAAUCUGCCACUUUUUGCAUUUGAGUACAAAGAGGUUUUCCCAGAAAAUGGAUGGAAGGUCUAUGACCCCACCUGGGAGUACAGAAGACAGGGAAUUCCCAAUGAAAGUUGGAGGCUGACCAAGAUUAAUGAGCGUUAUGAGCUGUGUGAUACAUACCCUGCUAUUCUGGCUGUGCCCGUAAACAUUCCCGAUGAAGAAUUAAAGAGAGUGGCAUCUUUCAGAUCAAGAGGACGCAUACCAGUAUUAUCAUGGAUUCACCCAGAAAGCCAAGCAACAAUUACCCGCUGUAGCCAGCCAAUGGUGGGAGUGAGUGGCAAACGAAGCAAGGAAGAUGAAAAAUACCUUCAAGCCAUCAUGGAUUCUAAUGCUCAGUCCCAUAAAAUCUUCAUAUUUGAUGCAAGGCCUAGUGUGAAUGCUGUAGCCAAUAAGGCUAAAGGAGGGGGCUACGAGAGUGAGGAUGCAUAUCAGAAUGCAGAAUUAGUGUUCCUGGACAUUCACAAUAUUCAUGUUAUGAGAGAAUCACUGAGAAAAUUGAAAGAAAUUGUGUAUCCCAAUAUCGAGGAGACUCACUGGCUGUCUAAUUUAGAGUCAACUCACUGGCUGGAGCACAUCAAGCUCAUUCUAGCUGGAGCCCUUCGAAUCGCUGACAAAGUGGAGUCAGGGAAGACAUCAGUGGUUGUACACUGCAGUGAUGGCUGGGACAGGACAGCCCAGCUCACCUCCCUCUCUCUGCUCAUGUUAGAUGGCUACUACAGAACCAUCAGGGGCUUUGAAGUGCUGGUGGAGAAGGAGUGGCUGAGCUUUGGCCACAGAUUUCAGCUGAGAGUUGGCCAUGGAGAUAAGAACCAUGCCGACGCGGAUCGCUCUCCCGUUUUCCUCCAGUUCAUCGACUGCGUUUGGCAGAUGACCAGACAGUUUCCUACAGCAUUUGAGUUCAACGAGUACUUCCUGAUAACCAUCCUGGAUCACCUGUACAGCUGUUUGUUUGGGACCUUCCUGUGCAGCAGUGAGCAGCAGAGAGUGAAGGAGAGCCUUCCAAAAAGGACCGUGUCUCUUUGGUCUUACAUCAACAGCCAACUGGAAGACUUCACCAACCCCUUGUACGUGAGCUACUCCAACCACGUCCUCUAUCCUGUGGCCAGCAUGCGCCACCUGGAGCUAUGGGUUGGCUACUACAUCCGCUGGAACCCCAGGAUGAAACCACAGGAACCUGUCCACAAUCGCUACAAGGAGCUCCUUGCCAAGCGGGCUGAGCUGCAGAAGAAAGUGGAGGAACUGCAGAGGGAGAUCACCAACCGCUCCACCUCCUCCUCGGAGCGGGCCGGCUCCCCCGCGCACUCCUCUGUCCUCCAGUGCCUCACACUCACCAGGGGAAAGGCAGAGGAAUACCACAAGGCCUGUGUGAAUUGCUGGGAUCAGUCAUUUCAUUUUGCUUGGAUCAGCAUGGGGUUGCAGAAGACAGCUUACAGCAAAGGAAGUUCCGUGUGCAGGGAUCUUUACUCCGGGCUGCUUCUCAUUUCCGUGCUAAGGAAGAAGGACACUGCUUUGUCUGGAUUCCUCUGUUGCUCCUUUAAGACUGGAUCCCAUUCUGUGGUCACCCCUCAGCAUGUGUCUUCACUCCUGCCUCUACCACCUAGAGAAGGAUUUUCUGAGAAGGUACAAGAGUGCACCCAUUUACACAUAAGAAACCACCUUUCAAAAGCCACAUUCCUUCCGAGGCAGUAGCAGCAGCUUUGCCCUGCUCUGCUGCAAUCUGUCUCAGUACUGACAGAGAGGGUCACAGCCACCUCCUGACAGGAGUAACAGGCUGUAUAGCAUCACUGCAUUUGUAUAGGGUGGCCUGAGGCAUUACAGCUCAGUAGUGCACGAAGUACCUUCUAAAGGACUUGGAUUUGCUUUAAGGUUAAAGGGCAGAUCUGCUCUUACAUACAAUCACAAGAUGGUUCAUAGCAUUAUUAUCUAUUAGCAAACUGACUAUGUGUGUAUAUUUUGUUUCUUGAUGAA